AGCGAAUCACUGUCUCUAUGUGCAUAGCCAAACGUGCUCUUUAGUCAAGAAGACAUACAAUAUAGGUUCUACCUUCGAAGAAACGGGUUAUUUUUGUCUGUAAAUUAAGCUAUAGCGAGUCGCGCUUUGAAAUAACCGUAGUUACAGGCGGCUCGCUUUCGCAUGCCAGGUCACCACUGUACCGUCUGAAGCCUUUGCUGGCUUCUUACCGCCGGGCUUUAGCUUUAAUAAAUUUCACCUUUACCAUAGUUAAUAUAUGUCCCAAAACUUCAAUUAACGCUAUCAAUUAAAGCGAUAAUAUGAUCUGACUGGGGCACGAGAGACGUGGAAGAUAUCACCCAUUGAGAGGUUUUUAUCCACGCAGGGCUUAAAGUCAGCAGAGCCAUGACGCGUCUCUGAGGACAUCUUGAUCACAUGGGCUCCUAUCCAGUGCUGACCCCAUGGUUUAAUCACCAGGACUAAAAAUGAGCAUUAGCAGCGAUGAGGUCAACUUCCUGGUUUACCGAUACCUGCAAGAGUCAGGCUUCUCUCACUCAGCCUUCACCUUUGGCAUAGAGAGCCACAUCAGCCAGUCCAACAUCAAUGGAGCGCUGGUGCCCCCUGCUGCCCUCAUCUCCAUCAUUCAGAAGGGCCUGCAGUAUGUGGAGGCUGAAGUCAGCAUCAACGAGGACGGGACCCUUUUUGAUGGGCGGCCCAUCGAGUCGCUGUCUCUCAUCGAUGCGGUGAUGCCAGAUGUCGUGCAGACGAGACAGCAGGCCUACAGAGACAAGCUGGCCCAGCAGCAAGCGGCCGCCGGCAGCAGCGCCGCAGCCCAAGGAAACGCCAAGAACGGAGAGGGGGCGGCAAACGGGGAGGAGAAUGGCUCGCACGCUCUCGCCAAUCACCACUCGGAGAUGAUGGAGGUGGACAGGGAUGUGGAGAUCCCACAAAACAAAGCCAUGGUGUUGAGGGGCCACGAGUCGGAGGUCUUCAUCUGUGCCUGGAACCCCGUGAACGACCUGCUCGCCUCAGGGUCUGGAGACUCAACAGCACGGAUCUGGAACCUGAGCGAGAACAGCACCGGCGGGUCCACACAGCUGGUUCUGAGACACUGCAUCCGAGAGGGGGGGCAGGACGUCCCCAGCAACAAAGAUGUCACCUCACUGGACUGGAAUAGUGAGGGAACGCUGCUGGCCACAGGCUCCUACGACGGCUUCGCCAGAAUCUGGACGAAAGAUGGUAACCUGGCCAGUACUUUGGGUCAGCACAAAGGCCCAAUAUUUGCUCUCAAGUGGAAUAAAAAAGGAAACUUUAUCCUGAGUGCAGGUGUUGACAAGACAACAAUCAUCUGGGACGCUCACACUGGAGAAGCCAAGCAGCAGUUUCCUUUCCACUCGGCUCCUGCUCUGGACGUGGACUGGCAGAGCAACAACACAUUCGCCUCCUGCAGCACCGACAUGUGCAUCCAUGUGUGCAAGCUGGGUCAGGACAGACCUGUCAAGACCUUCCAGGGACACACGAAUGAGGUCAACGCCAUCAAGUGGGAUCCCACCGGCAGCCUGCUGGCCUCCUGCUCCGACGACAUGACCCUGAAGAUCUGGAGUAUGAAGCAAGACUCGUGUGUUCAUGACCUCCAGGCCCACAAUAAAGAAAUCUACACCAUCAAGUGGAGCCCCACGGGCCCCGGGACCAACAACCCCAGUGCAAACCUGAUGCUGGCCAGCGCGUCCUUCGAUUCAACAGUGCGUUUGUGGGACGUGGAGCGGGGCGUGUGCAUUCACACCCUCACCCGCCACCAGGAGCCGGUCUACAGCGUGGCCUUCAGUCCCGACGGCAAGCACCUCGCCAGCGGCUCCUUUGACAAGUGUGUCCACAUCUGGAACACCCAGACGGGGGCUUUAGUUCACAGCUACCGAGGGACAGGGGGGAUCUUUGAGGUGUGCUGGAACGCCACGGGGGACAAAGUUGGAGCCAGCGCAUCGGAUGGAUCGGUGUGCGUGCUAGACUUGAGGAAAUGACGCUGGUGUGGGGGAGCCAGCCAUGGACCGACUACGAAUGUGUACAUAGCCAAAUGACUGUCUCUGCCUGUCUGCCACACUGCUGUAGUCCUCUCAGACGCCAUGGUUCGCCGGAGCGCCCCCCGCCCGCCACCGCCCACCUCCAUGCACUCAUUGUCCGCUCAGCGUUUCUCCAUUUCCAGCUGCCGCCCCACACACCUGCAGGAAGGGGAGCUCCGUCAAACCAAAACUUCAGGAUUCUUCUAGCUUUGUCUCUGCUGUUGAUGGGUGCACAUUGCAUAUGUCAGCAUUUGGUGUCCCGUGGACAUUGUGCUGUUUAUUUUUGGACUUCACCGCACCCUAUAGCAGCCGUGUGGCAUGCGUGGGGUGAGAGAGAAGAGCAGGGUGGAUGAGAAUAUUCAAAGUGCUUCUCUGAGAGGUCUCUUUGUUCGCAUGUCUGUGUUGUUACUCCUUUUUCUUUGGAAUAUGCAAAUGUCCUGCUAGCAAUUCUGUGAGCUUCAGGUGAUCUGUGGCACAGCUAGCCAAGCCUGAGCUCUUCCUGCUUCUGUGGCGGCCUCCUCGUCCAGAUGCUGCAGUCGCUGCAGAUUAUGCAGUCACUGUGGAUCCUGCAGUCACUGCAGGAUCUGCAGACACAGUAGAUGCAGCAUACGCUGCAUCUACUGUGUCUGCAGAUCCUGCAGUGACUGCAGAUGCAGCAUGCGCUACAGAGAUGCCGCAGUUGCUGCUGUGGUCGACCCUUGUUUGUGUUUUAACACACACCAACUGUGGAGACUCUGAGAGCGGCGUGCUGGGAGUCCGUACGGCUGUUUUUGCCUCUUGGUUAUAAAGCAGGAUCACAGCAAAACACUCGAAAGAAGUAAACUGCAAAAGAGCAGAAGUUCACAUGCAGGCGGCUUUGCUAGCAACUGUAAUGAUGCUUUAAAUACAGGCUAUAGUUCAAACCCAGAGCUGUGUUCAGUUUAGCCAUCAGCCGAUGUUUUGACAGUCGCCGGUUCGCCUAAAUUGGAUUAAAACUCCACGUCAUUCAUAUUUACCGACAAGAAUGCUAGCUGUUGCGUUUUGCUUUUGCUAAAGAGCUUCCGGCUAAAAACGUCAGCCGUUUGGCGUCUGCUUUACUGUCAGAAUCUGGGAGCGUCGUACGGCCUGCAGUUUCUACGGCACAUUUUCACAGAGCCUUGCAGUUUUGGUCCGGUUUUAGCAGGUUUCCGAAUUUGAAAACUUGGCGCAGUAGCGCAUCGACAUGAUCUCACACUUCGCUGGGAUCGUCUGAGCAAGUCGUUCCAAAGCGCUCGGCUGCAGGCGCUUCAGCAUCUCACCAACAGCAUCAAUCACUUAGACAAUUAUGGAAACUAGAGCAAAAGCCAAAUAUAUAACCUUUGCAACCCUAUUGUGAUUUUUUUUUCUUUUCUUUUAAUUGAUCAAAACAGAUGUGCAGCUUUCUGUCAUUUUCCACAGUGAUCCCUGGGAUUUUCCUCACAGGAGGCGGUGUCCUGUCCAAACCGUCAGGUCAGAUUAGCUAAACGUGUCUAGGUUGGAGGAGGAGGGGGGUCAUUCCAGCAUCGACAUUUACGGUUUUUCCAGCAGAUCAGUCCCGUACAGAUGUUGCAGCUGCAAAACGGUGUUUUCUAAUGUUGGUUUUUAAAUGCUGAGCUUUUUACGCCACGUUUCGCUUUUCCGUUCCCCGACGUACUAACUUUUCUUCUAUCUUUACUAUGUUGGAGAGCCCUCAAAGGUUUUGUACGCGUCAAAACUUUUGUAAUUUUGAUUGAUUUGUAGAUACAUACUAUAAAACGAACAAAAAAAAUGAAAAAAAUAAAUAAAAAAAGACGGGACAACUUUAAUGGUUGGUGUAUUAUAACACAACAUGUAAAUACCAAUCUUCAGAUGUUUUUUUUGUCUCCCCCCUGGCCUACAUUUGACUCAAUUUGUCUCUCACUAUGUGGACUGCAGCCUCCUGAUCAGACUGUUGUAAUAUUACUCAGAUCUCAAGGUCUAGAAUAAAGUCUAUUUUGAUAAUA